CGAGUACGGAUCUAGUGGAACAGUACUGCAAGACUUCUGACAUCCCCGAUUGCCCCAAGGUUUUGACGCUGUACGGCAUGUCGAAUCUGGUCAGCGAAAGUGAACACUCGCUCGACAUGAUGGAUCCUUACCAACGCGACGACAAAACCAUCGUGUGGGAGAAGAUUAUGCGCGGCGAAUUCAAAUUGCUAACGAAAUUGACCAGUGGGAAACCCGUCAAGACUCCGCCGAAAUCAUCCGCUGCUCUCGGCAACGACGUCUACUCGUCGCCGUACGAAGUCCGCGUCCGCCCGCCUCCGACGUUCGUCGCUCCGCCGGCUACUCCAUCCGUUGACAGCAGCCAGCAGUCGGAGACAAACGAACCAUCGUCUUUUGUUAUUAUUUCAUCGCACAACCGAAACGCUGAAAAUCGAAUCUAACAAACCAAUCAAGACAUAUCUCACCCCAUAAUUGCGACUUCCAACCAACGAGCCGGAAUCGGUUGUAGUUGUAAAGCCGCAAGUGUUUGGAGAUUAUUGGUGUGUUUUUCUAGUGUCCUUCUCCUACCCUGUACCAGCAAGAAAACGCCCACGUCAUCAAUUUCAAUCAUGCAGACUUACAAAUUCAACUUU